UGUAUGUACCUGUGAUUGGUAAUCUAGGGGAGGGGGGGAGGGAGCGGGGGGUGGAAUACUGUAUGGAACUGGGUGUCCUGAUGGAAUUCCAUGAUGGGACUGGAACUCGGAUGCAGUCCGAAUUUGUCGGGAUCUUAAUCCGGUUCGUGGUCUGGAACGUAUUUGGUACAACUCGCCCUGUCUACCAAAUGUGUUUCAACAGGGGUGAUUUUGAAUUGACUGGACUGUACCACCUGCAUUGGAUACAGGUGUUGGCAAUACACUGUUGAAAUCCAUGCAGUUGGUCUCACCCAUCAUCGCCUCAUGACAUGGUGACUUUGUCCACUAGCAUCAUAUCCAAUUGAUUUACCUGUGUGGUCCAGUCAUUUCAAACAUACCAGGACUCCCGGUUGUGUGAAUGUGUGUUAAAGUGUGUGUUUUGAGAGGUGUGUGUGUGUGUGUGUCGAAGGAGAGACAGGGUUUUCUUGAGUUGGAGAAAAGACUGGACAGGGUGUCUGGGGAAAAGGAAGGAUUAAAAUUAAUUGCCACUGUAUAGAAAUCAAUCCAAUAUGUCAUUCUCUGUAUGUUUUUGUUUUUUUUGACUUGAGAAAAAAAAUAAAGUUUUACUACAGGUUGUGCGUCUUGUCUUCUUGGUAAGAGUUGCUGUCAGUACCACCAGUAAACUGAAUGAAUUAACAAAUCCCUUCAUAUAAGUGGAGGGUAGUAUGUUUAGUUUCUCCCCCUUUAGGUCUCUCUUCCAUUCUGUUUCUAAAUCGCCCUGUUCAGUUUCUGCCAUUCCAACUCCAAUUUGGGCCAAGAUUGCCCCCGCGUUCUCAUUCAAUUGUGAAAAUGUUGCACGCAGACAAUUCGUGAGGCUUCAUAGCAAGCAUCUAUGGAAUACUUGCUAUAAUAGCAAGUAUUCCAUAGAUCGUCUUACCUUCUAAUGGGUAAGACUAGAAUUUGGGGUGAGGUAAACGCAUUUUGGAUCUGAGGUUUUACCUUGACCAUCCAACUGAUCAAUAACCCCCAUAUGACUAUACAAUAAAACCGCUAUAAGGGCAAUUGGUUUCUAUUUCAGAGCCCAUCACUAGUUAUCAUGGCUACUGCAAUACGAUGAAUCACUUCUCAUAGUAAGCCACCUUGCAUGACAGGAGAGCUUGUUUCAUUUCCUUACACAGCUUCGAUGUGGUUUAGUGACAUAGAGCCAGGUGUCACCAAACAGAUGUUGUUAGGGCCUAGUUUCAUUUCAAACAUUAGCCGCUAACCCUAGCCCCUAAACGUUCAGUGUCGAAAGAUCUGGAAAAUAUGGAUAGGUGAAAGCAACAUGGUAUACACUCCAUUAAGUCUAUGAGAGGGCUUGGUGGGACCAUUUGUUAUUUGAGAUCUGUGAACGCUGAAAGUGUAGGGGCUAAGGGAAGAAGUUAGGGGCUGAAAUGGAACUGGGCCCUAAUACUGAUUGAAUGCCAAAGAUGGCUAUUUUCCGGUCACCUGAUAUAAUACACUGAAUCACAGUCACACACUUGAGUCUAUUUAGAAUAUGGGCUUCUCUUUUUCCAUCUUGGUUGGUGUAUUUGGUAAUCAAACACUGCAUCCUCAUAGCAACCAAAAUGGGAUGUUCCAGUGAUGUAUUGAGGAUGUAGAUGGGCCUCAAAAUGUGCCAAUUUAGGCUGCCUUGAUUAGAUCAAUAAAUAUCAAUAUAACAGUCCGAAAUAUUGACCAAAUGAGUGAAAUUACAGAUGUACACAUUUAGCAGACACUAUUGUCCAGACUGACUUUACAAAAAACAUAUUAUGUGAAAGAAGGUUCAAGUUAUGGGGUUUGCUGGACACUGCUCAGGAAAAUCAGUGCCCCACAUAAGAAGUAGAAACAUAAGUGUUAAGAAAUAGUCAUGUCGGUCCAGACCACUAUCAUCAUUAGGGAAUCCCCAAGGGUCAAAGUGUAAUUGGGUCCCUGUAGAACAGCAUAAUAAUUUCCAGGCUGGUGAUUAUACAGUGUGUCACUGUGUAGGAGGUCACGUCAUUAUAUGAUGGGCAGGUUGGGCACUCAGUCAGGUAAGUGUUCCCCAUACAAGGUGUGUCUAUGGGAGAGGUCAUAUACCUAUACUGGUAGGUUUGGUUAUGUUGCUAUGGUGAAGGAAUAGUGGCUGAAUAGUUCAUCAUUAAAAUAAACAAUUGCUCAUGCCACAAAGUCAUUUACAACUCUUAAUCUAUUCUGCUAACUUUGUCUCACUAAUGCCACACCCUCACACCCUGUUCUUACUCUUUUAGCCCUUCUCCCACUCUCUGUCUGCUUCCUUAGCUUCUCUCUCUCUCUCUACUUUUUCUGCUGUUUCUUUUUUUCUGUAAACCAGUGGGCUGGGCUAUGACUGCAUGAGACAGAGACAGGAAGAGUGUGUGUCUGAGAUUGUGUAACCUUUGCAUGACUGCAUUUCCUCUCUCUCUCUCUCUCUCUACACUGACGUGUCCUAAUCCACUACCUCCUCAAUUUAAGUUGCAAGGUAAGAUCUAUGAAAUAAUUUCAAAAGAAAAAUUCUUAUUGUUAUUUGUCUUUUCUUCACAACUUUUCCUGAAACAGGAUGCAUGGCAGGGACAUUUAUUUCCAAGGCACUCCUUUCUAUUAGCGCUCCAUCUUGCAUUCUUUCCUCAAAUUAGCUGAGGAAUCUGAGGGAACACUAAAACUAGUCACACUUCGCUUUCCUCCCUCUUUCCAUCCCUCCAUACUCUCUCGAUAUCUCUAUCAAUCAUAUUGUUAGCUAUCUCUUCAUUCUCCUCUAUCUCUCUCUCUCUCUCUCUGUUUACAGAUUGUUUAUGGACUCUGCUCUGCACGUGUUCCUUUAUCACUCAUUUUUUAAAUGGAAUUAUUUUCCCUUUUGAAUUUCAUCCGUCUCUACUUCCCUGUUCCUCUCCUCUCACCUCAUUUCAUCUCUUUCUAUCUCCCUCACACACACACAUGCACCGUGCACGUACACACACGCACGCACACACAUACACACUGUCAAUCGGCAAAUUGCUCUCAAUUUCAGUACUUCAGCAUAACGAUUCCUACAGGUUUUCUCAUGGUUCUCAUAACAUUAAGAAAACUUUCCAUAAAAACCACAAGAAAACAUUAGUAAUGUUCAAAGAACGUUCUAAGGAUGUUAUUUAAAAACAUAUACAGUUGAAGUCGUAAGUUUACAUACACCUUAGCCAAAUACAUUUAAACUCAGUUUUUCACAAUUCCUGACAUUUAAUCCUAGUAAAAAUUCCCUGUUUUAGGUCAGUUAGGAUCACCACUUUAUUUUAAGAAUGUGAAAUGUCAGAAUCAUAGUAGAGAGAAUGAUUUAUUUAAGCUUUUAUUUCUUUCAUCACAUUCCCGGUGGAUCAGAAGUUUACAUACACUCAAUUAGUAUUUGGUAGCAUUGCCUUUAAAUUGUUUAACUUGGGUCAAACGUUUUGGGUAGCCUUCCACAAGCUUCCCACAAUAAGUUGGGUGAAUUUUGGCCCAUUCCUCCUGACAGAGCUGGUGUAACUGAGUCAGGUUUGUAGGCCUCCUUGCUCACACACGGUUUUUCAGUUCUGCCCACAAAUGUUCUAUAGGAUUGAGGUCAGGGCUUUGUGAUUGCCACUCCAAUACCUUGACUUUGUUGUCCUUAAGCCAUUUUGCCACAACUUUGGAAGUAUGCUUGGGGUCAUUGUCCAGUUGGAAGGCCCAUUUGAGACCAAGCUUUAAAUUCCUGACUGUGGUCUUCAGAUGUUGCUUCAAUAUAUCCACAUAAUUUUCCUUCCUCAUGAUGCCAUCUAUUUUGUGAAGUGCACCAGUCCCUCCUGCAGCAAAGCACCCCCACAGCAUGAUGCUGCCACCCCUGUGCUUCACGGUUGGGAUGGUGUUCUUCGGCUUGCAAGCUUCCCCUUUUUCCUCCAAACAUAACGAUGGUCAUUAUGGCCAAACAAUUAUAUUUUUGUUUCAUCAGACCAGAGGACAUUUCUCCAAAAAGUACGAUCUUUGUCCCCAUGUGCAGUUGCAAACCGUAGUCAGGCUUUUUUAUGGCAGUUUUGGAGCAGUGGCUUCUUCCUUGCUGAGCGGCCUUUCAGGUUAUGUCGAUAUAGGACUCGUUUUACUGUGGAUAUAGAUACUUUUGUACCUGUUUCCUCCAGCAUCUUCGCAAGGUCCUUUCCUGUUGUUCUGGGAUUGAUUUGCACUUAAGUAUGUUCAUCUCUAGGAGACAGAACGCGUCUCCUUACUGAGCGGUAUGAUGGCUGCGUGGUCCCAUGGUGUUUAUACUUGCGUACUAUUGUUUGUACAGAUGAAUGUGGUACCUUCAGACGUUUGGAAAUUGCUCCCAAGGAUGAACCAGACUUGUGGAGGUCUACAAUUUAUUUUCUGAGGUCUUGGCUGAUUUGUUUUCAUUUUCCCAUGAUGUCAAGCAAAGAGGCAUUGAGUUUGAGGUAGGCCUUGAAAUACAUCCACAGAUACACCUCCAAUUGACUAAAAUAAUGUCAAUUAGCCUAUCAGAAGCUUCUAAAGCCAUGACAUCAUUUUCUGGAAUUUUCCGAGCUGUUUAAAGGCACAGUCAACUUAGUGUAUGUAAACUUCUGACCCACUGGAAUUGUGAUACAGUGAAUUAUAAGUGAAAUAAUCUGUCUGUAAACAAUUGUUGGAAAAAUUACUUUUGUCAUGCACAAAGUAGAUGUCCUAACUGACGUGCCAAAACUAUGGUUUGUUAACAAGAAAUUUGUGGAGUGGUUGAAAAAUGAGUUUUAAUGACUCCAACCUAAGUGUAUGUAAACUUCCGUCAACAAAGCUCUCUCUAUCCUCUGUCUUGUUAAGUGUGUUCACACCUGAUCUUAAUGAAUGCUUUUUCUUUGAAAUGGGGUCAGUUUGAAUAGAUUAAAAUGAACACCUUUUCAUGAGUUAAAAAAACACUGCAUGCCAGUCAAUCCUGGUGGCUCAGUGGACUGAUUCCAUGUAUUGAAAACAGAAGACUAGAGGUUUGAAUGUCACUGAUGCCAUUUCAAAAUAAAAAAUAUUUGUGUUUGCAUGAUUAAUGCCUAAGCAAAUUAAUUUCCAUGUGUCAAGCACUACAGUUCAAAACAGUUAGCAGUGUUAUUAUGAGUCUUAGUGGAACGUUAUUUAAUUACCUUAAAAUAACCUAUCAUUUCCGUUCUCAGAACGUUAAUAAAAACUCCCAGAAAAACUUUCAGGGUCCUCUGUAGCUCAGCUGGUAGAGCACGGUGCUUGUAACACCAAGGUAGUGGGUUCGAUCCCCGGGACCACCCAUACACAAAAAAAAAAGUCUGAACGCGUGACUGUAAGUCGCUUUGGAUAAAAGCGUCUGCUAAAUGGCAUAUUAUUAUUACCAUAGUAAAAAGUUCUCAGAACCUCCCUGCAACCUAAAAAUGAAUGUUCCCAGAACAAACUAAAUGUUCACUUCCGUUCUCAGAACCUUUAAAAAACGUCCAGUUUUACCUGUCAGGAAACGUAUGGCUUUGUUCCCAGAACUAAUGGGAAACCAAAAACAUACGUUCCCACAAUUUCCAAGGAACCAAAUGUGCUAGCUGGGAGGUUCCCGGUCUCUUGGGAUACAUCCCAAUUAUCUUACAUGGUCUCCUUUGCUUGUACACUUGUUUCCUUUCGUUGAUCACUGAUCUGGUUGGGAGAUGCAAUGGAGACUAAGGAUGUGUUUACACUAAUUGGUCUUUGACCAAUCAGAUCAGCUCUGAAAAAAAGAUCUGAUGUGAUUGGUCAAAAGACCAAUUAGUGGAAAUAAAGAUCAGAAUUGGGCUGCCUGUGUAAAUGCAGCCCAAUUGUUCUGUCCUGUCCUGUCCAAUCAAUGCUCAUGAGAGACAUGAGAUGAGGAAAGGAGGGCAUUCAUUUGUUCAUUUGUCAGGGGCUGUGUACAAAUUGCCUGUUGCACCAGUUAGCCAUCUGUCAGUGUCAAGACCUGUUAGUGUCAGGACACAUCUUCUUUUUCCCUCUCUCCCUUUGUCUCCCCCUCCCUCAUUACCCUGCUCCGGCCCAUGGAAAGUGGGUAGGCAUUGAAGAGGGGAGAGGGGGAGAUUGGGGAGCCAGCCCAGCAGUCAUCAUUGUCACCGUGGUGUUUAGCGUUUGUCAGGAACCCAACUCUUCCCCCACAGGGCGCCCUUGCCACGGCCGCUCAGAUCACUCCCCGGGCUCACGUUACCAUCCUCAUAUAAUCUAACCAGGCCAGGUGAGGAGCAACAACACACUCUUCCUUGCCCAGGCCUCCUCAGUCCACUCACACACACAUUCACAAACAAUCAAGCUGCUAUCAGGCAGAAUGGAGCUGGAGUCAGGUGCGGUGCCGGAGCUAGCCGAGGGGAUCAUGCAGUUAAGUGGACCUGGGCUUUUUCUCUCAUCUUAACCUCCUCUUCACCACGCUGUCUUAACCUCCUCUUCACCACGCUGUCUUAACCUCUUCUUCACCACGCUGUCUAAGCAUUGUAACCCUAACCCCUACCGCCGUACACCUGCAGCCCUAUGUGCAGUGGUUGGUGUCCCGUUGGCUACGUGUCCUACCUAGGCUAGAAUGUGUGUUCAAAUAUUUACUUUCUCUUUGUAUCUAUCACUCUUUCUCUGACUGGUUACUUUUACCAGCUUGUUUUUGUUCUGUUUAUUGAUUAUUUGGAGCUGGCCAAUAUAUUUGAUCUGUUUUGUUAAUUGGAAUUAGGGCACUUCUGUUUUUUACGAGGGCCUAAUAUCCUUGCUGAUAGAUAGCAUGAGGGUUAGCCUCUAUUCUCACUGGGUUCUUGCUACGUGCAUGAACUUCCUUACCUGCACUUCCUGAUACCUACAUCCUUACCUGUGAUGUAGAGAAAUGUAUUGGUUCAGGUUUAGGUGAAUAUGUAAAAGUUUUAGUGUUUCAUUUAGUGUGAUUGACUCAGCUAUAGUAGUAUAAGGAAAGAGGUCCCUGUGGUGUGGUUCACCACUGUUGUAAAAAUACCUGAGUAAAAGUAAAGAUAGAAAAUGACUCAAGUAAAAGUGAAAGUCACCCAGUAAAAUAAUAUUUGAGUAAAAGUCUAAAAGUAUUUGGUUUUAAAUAUACAAUACUAUCAAAAGUAUCAAAAGUCAAUGUAAUUGCAAAAAUAUACUUAUGUAUCAAAGUAAAAGUGUAAAAAUCAUUUCAAAAUCCUUAUAUUAAGCAAACCAGAUGGCACGAAUUUUUUUAAUUUUUUUAAAUUUACGGAUAGCCAGGGGCACACGCAAACACUCAGACAUAAUUUACAAACAAAGCAUUUGUGCUUAGUGAGUCUGCCAGAUCAGAGGCAGUAGGGAUGAACAUGGAAGUGCGUGAAUUGGACCAUUUUCCUGUCCUACUAAGCAUUCAAAAUGUAACGAGUACUUUUGGGUGUCAGGGAAAAUGUAUGGAGUAAAAAGUACAUUAUUUUCUUUUGGAAUGUAGUGGAAAAGUAAAAGUUGUCAAAAAUAUUAGUAAAAUGUAAAAUGAAUGCUUAGUAGGACAGGAAAAUUGUAAAGUACAGACACCCAAAAAAACUACUGUAAAUUAUUUUUACUAAAGUACUUUACACCACUGUGGCUCACCAACACUCAAAUACUGUCAAUCAAUCAGUCAAUCAAUCAAUCAAUCAAAUGUAUUUUUAAAGCCCUUUUUACAUCAUCAGUUGUCACAAAGUGCUUAUACAGAAACCGAGCCUGAAACCCUUGAAAUGCAGAUGUAGAAGCACGGUGGCUAGGAAAAACUGUCUGGCCACAAGUGAAAUUUCUCCUUUAAGUAAGCAUUUAUGAACCUGGUAACCCGUGCAUUCAUGCCUUGUGAUGAAAUAUGCAUUUGUGAAAGAUUGCUCUUGAGAAAUUGCUCAACCGGAUACAUUUAAUCUAAAGAUUAAUUGAGGACAGGGGCCAGGGCUUUAGCUUGUUUGCACCUCUCUCUUUCUCAGUAAGAACCAUUGGUAAGAACACUCAGUGGAGUGUUAACUGUGGUAGGCUCUGGGUGAUUGCUUGGUGGUAGAGAGUGAGUCACAGUUGCAGUUUCCAUAGAUACUGAUCAAACAGCCACAAUCUAUGUCUCAAGGGGGGUGGAGCUAACUUAAAAAAGCAGCAGUUUGAAUGUCUGAAGCAACUGCCUGUAACCAUCAUCCUUCCUCACAAUAAUCCUGUCAUGUGACCUUUUACAAUGGGCCAUCGUUGUGCCAGUCCAAUAAAACUUUAUCAGUACUGGAUUUUUCACUGGCGCCUGUGUGAGUGCCAAAAUGAAAUGUAAACUGAAAGCCAUACCAAGAGUUAUUACAGUUGUAUUGUUAUUUAAACACGUGUUUUGUGCAUGCACUGAACUGUGAGAGAGCAUUUUCAUUUCUUUGGGACACAGUUUACAGAAUGUUUCCAUUUCACACUGGCUUCUUUCAAGGUUACCCAACACCCAGGCCAUUUCCCUUUACAGAGGGGAAACUAUGCAUUUACAUCAUUUAGCAAACAUUCUAAUCCUGAGCAUUUAGGGUAAAGUGCCUUUAACAUCGACAGUCAGCUUGGGGAUUCGAACCAGCCACAUUUCCGUUACUAACCCAACACUCUUAACCACUAGGCUACCCGCCACCCAUGACAGGUCUUUGCCAGUCUGGCUCUCACUUUACAUGCUAGUUACCUACUGGUAGGGUUAAGGUUACCUACUGAUAGGUAGCCUACAGUGUAAUUAUAGUGCAGCUACACGUGUUCUGUGAGAGUUGGGUGUGCCCUUUGGUGAGUGUCACAUAGCUGGCUGAAAGGUUCCCAGAAUGUAGUAGCUCCAAAUAUGUUGUAGUUUUGUUUGCUAUAUAUUGUUUAUGACUCUGCAAACAGGACACUAAAAGGUCAGUCUGCAUGGCGUAGUUGUGUCUACACAGUACAAGUGGAUCUCAAACCUUUAUUCCAUCGUGAUCCCCGCAAAGGCUUUUGUAUUUGAUAUUUGCUAUAUUUUCCAUAGCCUACUCCAUUUCGUCUGAUAACAGUGCACUCACUACAGGUAUAAUACACAACACAUUAGGCUAAACCUGUGUGCUUAUUAACCCAUAUAGACCUUUCAUUAUUUGUUUAGGGUUUAAUGAAUAGAAACAAUCAACAUAGUGCUGUGAUUCAGGGUGAAUGAUUUCUAAUGGACAACAUCAAUGCUAACUGUCUCUCCAAUGAUAUUCAUUUUUUUAUGUCAUUUAGCAGAUGCUCUUAUCCAGAGCGACAUACAGGAGCAAUUAGGGUUAAGUGCCUUGCUCAAGGGCACAUCAACAGAUUUUCCACCUAGUCAGCUCAGGGAUUAGAACCAGUGACCUUUCGGUUACUGGCACAACGCUCUUAACCACUAAGCUACCUGCCGCCCCAAUAUUCCACCUGCCUUCUGUUUCGUACAAAAACAAAUGCCUGGCAGCAGGGAUGGCGUUUGCAAUGCCAGGGUUGUGGGUUCGAUUCCCAUGGGGGGCCGGUAUGAAAAAAUUAUGUAUGCACUCACUAACUGUAAGUCGCUCUGGAUAAGAGCGUCUGCUAAAUGACUAAAAUGUAAAUGUAAGUGACACUAGCCACCUUUAGUGUAGACAAAACCAGCCUGUAAGACCAGGUGACUUGAGUAUAGCCUUUAUAAAAUGUUUCAACAUUGAUUUAUCUUUGAAUAUGACUAUAAUUUAUUGAAUCCUAUUGUCACAGGGAAAUAACAUUGACAGAGGUACUGUGAUAGGAGGAAUCAUGAAAGUGAUUGUUUAUUUGUCUGAGUAACGUCAGGAAUGCCCACAACAUGCCCUGCUACAAAAUCACUAAAGUGUAAUAUAGCUUUGGCAACGAGAGAGAGAGAGAGAGAGAGAGAGAGAGAGAGAGAGAGAGAGAGAGAGAGAGAGAGAGAGAGAGAGAGAGAGAGAGAGAGAGAGAGAGAGAGAGAGAGAGAGACUUAGUGUGUGCAUGUGAUACGAUUUGCCCUAUAGGCACACCCUCUUUUGUACAAUGAAUGACAUUAGUGCCAUAUGGGUCGGUAUGUCUGCUAUGGUAUUGUAUUACACAACAACGAUGUAACCCAUCUACCCUUAUUGUCUUUAUCAAGCAACUUGACCCCUCAUUUGGCAUCUUCUCUUCUAGUAAUGUCUACCUUUAUUUUCCUGUUUCUGUGUUCCUGCAGAAAUAGUUAUUCAUGUCAUGACAUGAUUAUAUGAGUUCUCACUUCUCACCCAUUCUCCACUGCCGCUUUCUCUGUUCCUUGUCUGGACUUCAAUAUGGAAAUAAGUAUUCUUGCCUUGACAAGUAAAAACGAUUUAUCUUAGUUGACUGUUUCUGCAACCUCCAGCAGCAACAACUCCCAAUGUCUAUUUGUCUCACUCAUUUCAUAGCAAAGAAAUACACCCCCUUCCCACAACCCAAACAAUAAAACAGACUCUACUUUCACCCUCUCACUUCCAACUCUCCCCUCCCCAAUCUACCAUUUGUUUAUUCCAUUCAUUUAUCAGACGCUCUUAUCCAGAGCGAUUUACAGUUAGUGAGUGCAUACAUUAUUUUUUUAUUUUUCAUACUGGCCCCCCGUGGGAAUCAAUCCCACAACCCUGGCGUUGCAAACGCCAUGCUCUACCAACUGAGCUACAUCCCUGCCGGCCAUUCCCUCCCCUACCCUGGACGACGCUGGGCCAAUUGUGCGCCGCCCCAAUUUAUCCUCCACCUCCCCCUCCCCUGACCCGCUCUUCCAUCUCCCUCUACCCAGUGCAGAAUGCGCCCUUUCCAGGCAGCUCCCCUCCCCCCUCCCCCAUAAACCUACAUCCUAACUCCUCCAUCCAUCCAUCCCCCACCUCUACUGACCCACUCUCUCCUCUCCCUCUCCCCGUACAGAAUGUUCCCCAACAUGGCAGCACCUGGACAGUUUGGGCCAGAGACGCGGGAGCCGGGGCUGAAGGUGUGGCGGGUGGAGAAGAUGAAGGCGGUGCUGCUGGAGCCAGCUGAGGUUGGGGCCUUCUACAACGGAGACUCCUACCUGGUGUUGGAGCACAGAGGGGACCAGGGGGCAGACCUACACAUGUGGAUAGGUGAGAUUAAGGAAAAUGGAUGCAUGAUAUAUGUGUCAAAUAAGUAGGGUCAAUAGUUUUUCCUGACCAGGGUCUGUAUUGACAAAGCAUCUCAGAGUAAGACUGCUGAUCUGGGAUCAAGUUCCCCAGUCGUAUUCAUUAUGAUCUAAAAGGCUAAACUGGUCUUAGAUCAGCACUCUUACUCUGAUAGAGCCUGGAGUUUUUCCUGGACAAGUCACGUGGCCAUGAUAAACUUUGGGCCCCACUAUUUUAGGUAUUGGGCAUAAAAACCUGUAGAAUGAUGUAAUAAAAUGCUCCACCAUUUACCUUUAUUGAAGUACAAGACAAUGUUUUGAUCCAUACUGAUAUUUGCCAGAACUUCAAUAGAAACAGAUGUAGGAGCCUUUGAGUGUUCUACUCAUCUAACUGUUAUUAAAUGGGUGAGUUGCGGUCAUCAUGGGGGAUGGGGAGGACGGGGACUAUCUGUGUACAUUAGAAAGUGUAUACACAUAAGAGUGGAAUGGAAAAUUAUAUCUCAGUCUCUUGGGAUAAGAGUCCUUUAUUAUCAUUUAUGGAUGGAGUCUCCUAAAAAAAAAAGGGUUCCAAAAGAGUUAUUCGGCUGUCCCCAUAGGACAACCCUUUUUGGUUCCAGGUAGAACCCUUUUGGGAACCCUCUGUGGAAAGGAUUCUACAUGGAACCCAAAACCGUUUUACUUGGAACCAAAAGGGUUCUUCAAAGGGUUCACCUAUGGGAACAGCCGAGGAACCCUUUUAGGUUUUAGUUAGCCAUUUUUUUUUCUAAGACUGUAAGCUUGUAUCCAAUAUUGCUCUGUAAAUCCAAACUACACUGCAUGGCCAAAAGUUGGUGGACAACCCUUCAAAUUAGUGGAUUUGGCUUUUUCAGCCACACCCGUUGCUGACAGGUGUCUAAGAUUGAGCACACAGCCAUGCAAUCUUCAUAGAUUCACAUUGGCGGUAGAAUGUUCCAUACUGAAGUGCUCAGUGAAUUUCAAAGUGGCACCGUCAUAGGAUGCCACCUUUCCAACAAGUCAGUUACUCAAAUUUCUGCCCUGCAAAGCUGCCCGGUCAACUGUAAGUGCUGUUAUUGUGAAGUGGAAACGUCUAGGAGCAACAACGGCUCAGCCGCGAAGUGGUAGGCCACACAAGCUCACAGAACAGGACCACCAAGUGCUGAAAUGCGUAGCACCUAAAAAUCAGCUGUCCUCAGUUGCAACACUCACUACCAGGUUCCAAACUGCCUCUGGAAGCAAUGUCAGCACAAUAAAUGUUCAUCUGGAGCUUCAUGAAAUGGGUUUCCAUGGCCGAUCAGCCGCACACAAGCCUAAGAUCACCAUGUGCAAUGCCAAGCGUUGGUUGGAGUAGUGUAAAGCUCGCCACCAUUGGACUCUGGAGCAGUGGAAACACGUUCUCUGGAGUGAUGAAUCACGCUUCACCAUCUGGCAGUCCGACGGACGAAUAUGAGUUUGGCGAAUGCCAGGAUAACGCUACCUGCCCAAAUGCCUAGUGCCAUCUGUAAAGUUUGGUGGAGGAGGAAUUAAUAAUAGUCUGGGGCUGUUUUUCAUGGUUCGGGCUAGGCCCCUUAGCUCCAGUGAAGGGAAAUCUUAACGCUACAGCAUACAAUGACAUUCUAUACGAUUCUGUGCUUCCAACUUUGUGGCAACAGUUUGGGGAAGGCCCUUUCCUGUUUCAGCAUGACAAUGCCCCCGUGCACAAAGCGAGGUCCAUACAGAAAUGGUUUGUCGAGAUUGGUGUGGAAGAACUUGACUGGCCUGCACAGAGCCCUGACCUCAACCCAAUCGAACACCUUUGGGAUGAAUUGGAACACCGACUGCAAGCCAGGCCUAAUCGCCCAACAUCAGUGACCGACCUCACUAAUGCUCUUGUGGCUGAAUGUAAGCAAGUCCCGCAGCAAUGUUCCAACAUCUAGUGGAAAGCCUUCCCAGAAGAGUGGAGGCUGUUAUGCCCAUGAUUUUGUAAUGAGAUGUCCGAUGAGCACUUUUGGUAAUGUCAUGUACUAGCCAACCCAUUGUGUACACACCUAAUUAACCUCUGAGCGGUUGAAAAGUGAAUAACCUGCGUGCUAAUGGUGAUGACACACCAUGACACUGACCCAACGACUGAUUAUGAGGACGGAGACUAAGACUGACAGAUGGAAGGAUGAUGACAGAAGAAGGAUGGGGUUAAUAGAGGAGGAGAGCUCCCUAAGAAAGAAGGGCUGGGUUUUGUGUGUGUGUUUGUGUCCUCCUACUCACCCCUCCCCUCGCUUCCUUCCCCCCCAGGUGAGAAGUCAUCUCGUGAUGAGCAGGUGGCAUGUGCCAUGCUCGCCACUCAGCUGGACAGCUUCCUGGGUGGUGACCCCAUCCAGCACCGCCAGGUCCAGGGCUACGAGUCUCCAGAGUUCAUGAACCUCUUCCCCAGGGGGGUCAGCUACAAGGUGAGCCGGUGGAUGGUACUGACAACACAGGGCCCAUCUCUUUAAGAAAUGUACUUGCAUGGGAAUUUAUGUGCAAACUUUUGUGUUUCUCUUGGACAUCAAUGUGUGAUUUACUGUAUCUGAAACUUGGAGUAAUCCAUGUGUUUCCCACAUUAGACUUGGGCUCACUAUGGGUAAUCCAUGUGUUUCCCACAUUAGACUUGGGCCCACUAUGGGUAAUCCAUGUGUUUCCCACAUUAGAUUUGGGCCCACUAUGGGUAAUCCAUGUGUUUCCCACAUUAGAUUUGGGCCCACUAUGGGUAAUCCAUGUGUUUCCCACAUUAGAUUUGGGCCCACUGUUGGUAAUCCAUGUGUUUCCCACAUUAGAUUUGGGCCCACUGUUGGUAAUCCAUGUGUUUCCCACAUUAGAUUUGGGCCCACUAUGGGUAAUCCAUGUGUUUCCCACAUUAGAUUUGUGCCCACUAUUGGUAAUCCAUGUGUUUCCCACAUUAGAUUUGGGCCCACUGUGAGUAAUGCAUGUGUAUCCUAACGUGUUAGGAUUGAGUCCUCUACUGACAGUAAAUGUAAUGUUUUUCCUGUUUCAAAUCCAUGAUUGAGGACAUUACUUUACAAGCAGUCCUCUUCAUAAUUUCAUCACAUGCUACUGAUUUCUUGUCAUAUCGUUCCACAUAUGCAAGCAUUUCGCUACACCCGAUAUAACAUCUGCUAAACACGUGUAUGUGACAAAUAACAUUUGAUUUGAUUUGAUCUCUCUCAUUGAAGCGAUAGCUCGUAAAAUCCUUAGAGACUUCCUGGUUAGAUACAGAUUUUACAAAAAAUCUAACAUAAACAACAUUUUCAUAUUGUUAUAUUUUUCUCUUUCUUUUCUUUUUCCUCUCUCUUGUUACUUUUAUUCACUCUCUCCCUCAAACACACACAUUAGGAGGGUGGUGUGGAGUCUGGCUUCAGGCGGCCCCAGGGCGGGUCAGGGCCGGUCUACAGGCUGUACCAGAUCAAAGGGAAGCGCAACAUCCGUGCCAAGGAGGUGGAGCUGAGCUGGCAGAGCUUCAACAAGGGAGACUGUUUCAUCCUGGACCUGGGAGAGGUGAGAGGGGGGAGGGGGGAGGGGGGAGAGGGGAGGGAGGGAGUUGAGAGGUGACAGUGAGUGUUGCAAAUUCCCUGCGGGAGACUUUUAGCAGUGAGGGCAGGGAGAACAACAUUACAUUGUUGCCUUAAAUGGCACAUUUUCCUUAAUUAGGGCUCAGUACAGUAGGCCUACUAUCAAAUCAUACAGUAUAUUAUCCACUUCAGACGAGACAAUAAAAAACAAACAUGUUUAUGUCUUUAGACCAUAUUUUCGUGGAUCGGCUCGCAGGCCAACAUGUUUGAGAAGCAGAAGUCGCGUGAGAUCGCUAGCCUGAUCCGCGACACUGAGAGACAUGGCAAAGCAUGCAUCACUGACAUCAAUGAGGGGGAGGAGACGCCAGAGAUGCUCAAGGUAAAAUGACCGACUUAGUCCUUUCCUCCCAAAGCAAAUGAAAACAGUCACAGACCUAGAGCACAGGAGGCUGCUGAGGGGAGGACGGCACAUAAUAAUGGGCGGAACGGAGUAAAUGGAAUGGAAUCAAACACAUGGAAGCUACAGGAUGUGUGUAAUCUAUUUGAUACCACUCCACUCCACCCAUUACCGUGAGCCUGUCCUCCCCAAUUAAGGUGCCACCAACCUCCUGUGACCUUGAGACUUGUCAAUCCUGUAAUGUCUAAGCAUAUUUAGAGACUUUGAUAUCAAGGUAUAGGAAGGUAAUGGGAAGGUAAUACUCCAUUCCAGCCAUUAUUAUGAGCCGUCCUCCCCUCAGCAGCCUCCACUGAUAUAAACCUCACAACAAUCCAUCUUCCACUCUGCCCUGUGAUUGACAGGUGCUGGGACCAAUGCGAGAGCUGGCAGAGAGCACUCCAGAGGAGGACAGUCAAGCAGACGUCUCCAACUCCGCCUCCCUCUACAAGGUAGCUGGACAUUACAAUUCCAUUGGUAAACAGUUAUGUAUCUCCAGAACUGUUCUAUUGCAUUACAUCAUUACUGUUGUAAAUGGAUAGCUCACCCCAAAAUCUGAAAUCUGAAUUUGAGAUAUUUUGGAAUGUAGACGGCAUAGCACAGCUAUACUUUAGGGCUCUUUUUUCCCAAGAUCAAACAAGAUUUUUGGGGUGAACUAGUUCACAAAUGAACUAAAAGUCAUGGCCGGUGUUAUUGUCCUCCACAGGUGUCCGAUGCGACAGGCCAGAUGAAACUGACCAACGUCUCGGAAAAGAGCCCAUUUGCCAAGGACCUACUGGUGCGCGACGACUGCUUUAUUCUGGAUAACGGGGCCAACGGAAAGAUCUUUGUUUGGAAAGGUAAAUAAUAAAAUAAUAAUAAAUAAUAUGCCAUUUAGCAGACGCUUUUAUCCAAAGCGACUUACAGUCAUGCGUGCAUACAUUUUUACGUAUGGGUGGUCCCGAGGAUCGAACCCACUACCCUGGUGUUACAAGUACCAUGCUCUACCAAUUGAGCUACAAGGAAAGCACGUGAACCUUGACUAAAAUAUUUCUGCUCCAUUAAAUGUUUCCCUAGAAUAAUGUUUGCGAUAUACAAUGUCUAAAUAAAUACUAAUUUAAUCAGGGUUUGUAUUGAAUACAGUUAACAGACAUUAUUGUGUUGAGACCUUACUGAGACCUCUAUGGUUGAGACUGAGGGAAGACAUGGUGAGACGUUAUCCCACUGAUGAUUGACAGGUAUGGGAGCCAAUGCGGAGGAGAAGAGGGAGGCCCUGAAAAUGGCGGAUGACUUCAUCCAACAGAUGAACUACCCCAGGAUGAAAACGCAGGUGAGUCAAGCAUCUCACAAAUGGCAAAAACCCAGACAUUAUUUCCUCAUUAUCCAGCCAUUAAAUCUACCCAGCAACAUAACAUCAGCAACUGAUAGCAUCAUGAUUUCAUUAUUCCUGAAAACAGAAGAAUUUGGGCAUUUGAAUUCCAGUAAGUCAAACCGAAUUCCUUGUAUGUCUUCUUCCAUUGUCACAAUGCAAUGUGCAUGUGUAACCACUAACUAGCAGGUCAUGAACCCAGUAUCAUAAAUGUUUUAUGUGUAUACAAUGGGGUGGUUUAUGUGCCAGUCAUGUCAAAUCUCUGUACUCUCUUACAGGUGGAGAUACUACCACAAGGGAGGGAGACGAUCAUCUUCAAGCAGUUCUUCAAAAACU